AUGGCCAUUCCCAAAGACCUCGCCUUCUCCGCAGACGCCUCGAAAGACCCGAGUGACAUGACAAAGGAUUUGGAAAAGGGCCUCGAGCUGAGCCGCCACCUGACCAACAGCGCCGUCUCCAGCUUCUCGUGGUCAGAUGUCGGGGUGGUCGUCAAGGACCGGAAGACAAAACAACCUCUGCAGAUCUUGACCUCGAGCUAUGGCUCCGUCGAAGCGGGAAGUGUCCUCGCCCUCAUGGGUCCCAGCGGGAGCGGCAAAACGACCCUCCUGAACGUGCUGGCUCACCGCACGUCGUCGAUCAAGGGCGAGAUCCACGGGAAGAUCAUGAUAAACGGACAAGUCGCCAAUGCCUCGUCGGUCCAGCAGGUCUCUACCUAUGUGGAGCAGGAGGACGCCGUGAUCGGCAUCUUGACACUGCGCGAAACCAUUGACUUCGCCGCCAGACUCUCCGUCAACGGGCGCAUGUCCAAGAAGGAGAGACUCGCGAGGGUCAACGAGCUCAUCGAGUCGUUUGGCCUCCAACGUCAAGCAGACACGAUUGUCGGCACGCCCCUGCGAAAAGGGCUCAGCGGCGGCCAGAAGCGCAGGCUGAGCGUCGCCAGCCAGCUCGUUACCUCCCCCAGGGUGGUCUUCCUCGACGAACCCACCAGCGGCCUCGACUCGGCUGCCAGUUUCGAGUGCAUGAAGUACAUCAAAGAGGUGGCCCGGCAGCACAACCUGAUCGUCAUCGCGUCCAUCCAUCAACCAUCAACCACAACAUUCCAGCUGUUCGACCAGCUGAUGCUCUUGUCGGAAGGCCGCACGUGCUACUUCGGACCCGUGUCCAACAUCCACACUUACUUCGAGCACAUCGACCGCCCGGUGCCGCUGCAUAUCAAUCCCGCCGAGUUCCUGCUCGACCUGGUCAACAGCGACUUUAGCCACAGCGGGGGCGCUGCCGAGGGCAAUCUGCGCUACAUCCAAGACGCAUGGACGUCCUCCGAGGAGUACAAAGCCCUAGAGGCGGUCACCAGCGUCACGGAUGCCGUCGGCACCAGCAGCACGCACAUUUCUCCUGCACGGACAUCGUCCAAGAACGUCCUGACCGUCUCGGGGGUUCUUCUCCACCGCAACUUCAUCAAGUCGUAUCGAGACUUCAUCGCCUACGGGACCCGGGUGGUCAUGUAUUUUGGCCUCGCCAUCAUGAUGGGCACCGUGUGGCUGCGUCUGUCCUUCUCGCAGGCGUCGAUCCAGCCCUUCACCAACGCCAUCUUCUUCGGCGGCGCCUUCAUGUCCUUCAUGGCCGUGGCCUACGUGCCCUCCAUCAUCGAGGACCUUCACACGUUCAACAAGGAGCGGCACAACGGCCUGUACGGUCCCCUGCCGUUCGUCAUCGCGAACACACUCAUCGGCAUCCCUUGGCUGUUCCUCAUCGCCAUCAUGUUCUCCGUGGUCACGUACUGGCUGGGCCACUUCAACCCGACCGCUGGCGGCUUUUGGAUGUGGGUGCUGUGGUUGUUCCUGGAUCUCCUCGCCGCGGAGGGCCUGGUGGUCCUGGUGUCGUCGCUGUUCCCCAUCUUCGUGGUGGCGCUCGCGAUCACGGCGUUCGCCAACGGACUGUGGAUGUGCGUGGACGGGUUCAUGGUCCCGAUGGGCAAGCUCAAUCCGUUCUGGAAGUACGUCUUCCACUACAUCGACUACCAAGCCUACGUCUUCCAAGGCAUGAUGGCCAACCAAUUCCGCUCUACGGUCUGGGACUGCGCCAAAUCCCCCGACUCGGGUUUCCAGUGCAUGUACCCGUCAGACCUGGAGUCCGAGGGCAAGAUCCGCGGCACCGCGGUGCUGGAGGCGUACAAGUACUCCUGGUCUUCGGGCGUCAUUGGCGAGUGGAUCGGCAUCAUGUUCGCCAUCAUCUUUGCCUACAGGGUCCUGGGCUACGUGGCCCUGGUGAUCAAGAAGCACUAG